UUCAAUUCAUUGAACCAAAAUACUUUGUAAAUGGUCUAUUGGCGGGAAAAGCAGUGCAUAAAUUUAAUAUGGUGACAAUCAAGGGUAAAAUAAUGCAAUUCAUGCUAGUAAGUCAAGCCUGGUAACUGGUUAGAGGCCAGAGAGAGUUCUACCAAGAGAUCAGGAUUUUAUUGAAUGUUGUCAGCUGCAUGGUUGAUUUUUAGCGAUGAAUGAAACACACAGAAUUAAUGCAUCCAUGCUAGCGGAAAAUAUUGGUAGAAUGGUAUGCUUUGUUGGCACAAUAAAAGAAGUCAAUCCAAAGGGUGAUAAAUUACAGCUUCUAUCAAGUGAUAAAAAAACAGUAAACAUAGCACUUCCUGACAAAUAUGAAGAUAGUCGUGGUUGCAUUGAAGUAAUUGGAAUAGUGCAACCAGAUCUGUCAAUAGUUGCUGAAAGAUAUAUAGCAUUUAAUGAAGACGAUUUUGAUGCAGAAGCUUACAAUCUACUAAUUGUUAAGUUUAUGCCAAAGUUUACAUCACUCACCAUAAAUAGAAAUCCUAUAACUUGUGAUGAAAGUGAUCUGCAAACGACCAAGUGAUACAUUUUUCUCGACCUACUUUGUUUCUCGAUUAGCAAAAUUUACAUUGUGUAUAAAAUUACAUCUGUACAAGAAGGGAUUGUGGCUGUUUUCUGUACAAACUUCAUGAAUUGUUAAAGUACAUUUAAACAGUUUUUGCAAUAGAUAACUGUCGGGAAUCUAUUUUAAAGACUUUUUUCUUUAUACAAUAUGUGUAAACAGUUUAUAUUAUAUGUUAAGGUUGUUCAUUCAAACAUGUUUAUUUUACAAAACAGUA